ACAGUACGAACUCGUGUUGUCCCUCUGCAAGCAGAUGGAGUUGCAAGGAAUCGCACAUAGCAUCUACACCCUAAGCAUAGUAAUAAACUGCUUCUGCCGUCGCAGGAAGCUCGGUUUUGCUUUUUCUGUUUUGGCAAAGAUGUUGAAACUUGGGUAUGAGCCAGACACAUUCACGUUUUCAACUCUGGUAAACGGGUUAUGUCUCGAGGGUAGAGUUUCAGAAGCUGUGGCAUUAGUUGAUAGAAUGGUUGAAACGAAAGUUAGACCAAACCUCAUAACACUCAGCACACUUGUUAAUGGACUUUGCUGAACAGUAAAGUGCCUGAAGCCGUAGCACUGAUCGAUCGGAUUGUGGAACAUGGUUGUCAACCUAACGCAUGUACCUAUGGACCGGUUCUGAACAGCAUUUGUAAGUCGGGGAACACUGACUUGGCUUUGGACUUGCUAAAACACAUGGAAGCAAAGGUGAAGCUUAAUGUAGUCCACUACAGUAUGGUCGUUGAUAGUCUCUGCACUCAGCCUUUUCAAUGAAAUGGAGGCGAAAGGGAUCGAAGCGAAUGUCGUCACCUACAACUCUCUCAUAAGCAGCUUCUGUAAAGCCGGAAGAUGGGACGAUGGAGCGCAGUUGUUGAAGGAUAUGAUCACAAGGGGAAUCGCCUCGGACGUUGUUAUUUUCAAUGCAUUGAUCGAUUGUUUGGUGAAAGAGAGGAAACUUAAGGAGGCUGAAGAACUGUAAAUGAGAUGAUCACAAGGGGCAUAGAUCCUGACACCAUUACAUAUAACUCUUUGAUAGAUGGGUUGUGCAUUGAAAACCGCUUAGAUGAAGCCAACCAGAUGAUGGAUGUGAUGGUUAGCAAGGGGUGCGAACCGAGUAUUGUGACUUAUGGAGUUAUGGUAGUCAUUGUAAAGUUAAACGGGUUGAUGAUGGUAUGAAACUUUUCCGGGAGAUUUCUUUGAGAGGGUUGGUUGCUGAUACAAUCACCUAUAGCAUUCUCAUCCAAGGGUUUUGUCAAGAGGGGAAACUUAAUGUCGCCAAAGAACUCUUCCAAGAGAUGGUUUCUGAAGGUGCUCGUCCUGAUACUGUGACUUAUGGUAUUUUGUUGGAUGGGUUGUGUGACAAUGGAGAGCUAGAAGAGGCUUUAGAAAUACUUGACAAAAUGCACACGAGUAAGAUGGAUCCUGGUAUCGGCGUCUAUAAUAUCAUCAUUCACGGGAUGUGCAAUGCAAGGAAAGUCGAUGAUGCUUGGGAUCUAUUCUCUAGCCUUCUCCCUCUCAAAGGAGUGAAGGCUGAUGUCAAAACGUAUACCAUAAUGAUUGCAGGACUGUGUAAUAAAGGCUCACUGUCUGAAGCGGAUAAGUUGUUUAAAAAGAUGGGAGAGGAUGGGAUUGCACCAGAUGGUUGUACAUACAACACACUGAUCCGAGCUCAUCUCGGAGGUAGUGGUGUGGCCACUUCAGUUGAACUCAUAGAAGAAAUGAAGAGGUGUGGGUUUGCUGCAGAUGGUUCCACCAUGAAGAUGGUUAUUGAUAUGUUAUCUGAUGGUAGAUUGAACAAAAGCUUCUGGAGUAUGCUUUCUUGAUCUGGUGGGCUCUAUUUGA